GGUCUAGGGUUAGGGUUUAUUUAAUUAAAUUUGUUUCCAUUAAAUGCUAUUAAAUGAUUAUUGAGGGAAAAAAAAAAUGGAAAUUUUCAGUUUGAAAGAGUCAUGACUCAUGAGCCUCCAAAAAGACGAAGACUAGUCCAGAGCAUUGAGCAAGUGGAAGUCCCUGUGGAGCGGUGGAGAUUGGAAAAACCCAAUUCCACCUAACCCCCCAAUUCUAUACCUACCUUCUCUUUCAAGCCCUUUCUCUUUCUCAACAACCACCAUGCCCAAUACCCCGUUUCCUGCUCUUUUUUCUCUAUAAGAUACCUCUUCUCUCUGUCUUCCUCUAUUGCAUUGUAAAGCUUCUUCCCUUUUUCAUCAGCAAUGGAGGCCAAGCUGUUGAAAGCCGCCUCUCCUUCCGUUAUUCUACCCCAGGGUUCAAAAAUUUCAAAACCCAGUUCCUAUUUCACCUCCAAGACCAACCAUUGUUCCAGUUGUAGGUUCCCAAGUUUGAAGAACAGGGUUAUCCAGUCUAUUCAUGUCUCUCCAACUCCUCUCAGGUUUGAAAGGAAAAAAAGAGUAGAUGAGAGUCAGAACUUGACUUUGGAUGCUAUAAGAAAUUCUUUAAUUCGACAAGAGGAUAGCAUAAUAUUUAGCCUCUUGGAAAGAGCUCAGUAUUGUUACAAUGCCGAGACAUAUGAUCCCGAUGCUUUGUCAAUGGAUGGGUUCCAUGGCUCUUUGGUUGAAUUCAUGGUCAGGGAAACCGAAAAGCUUCAUGCUCAGGUGGGCAGGUACAAGAGCCCUGAUGAGCAUCCUUUCUUCCCAGUUGAGUUGCCUGAACCAAUGUUGCCACCUUUACAGUACCCAAAGGUACUGCAUCCUGGUUCAGAUUUGAUCAAUAUUAAUGAGCAAAUAUGGAGUAUGUAUUUCAGAGACCUUCUUCCAAGACUAGUCAAGGAAGGAGAUGAUGGAAACUAUGGAUCAGCAGCUGUUUGUGACACAAUUUGCUUGCAGGCUCUGUCAAAGAGAAUCCACUAUGGCAAGUUCGUGGCAGAGGCAAAAUUCCAAGCCUCCCCAGAUGCAUACGAAGCUGCCAUCAAAGCACAAGUAAAAUUUUUUUUCUUUGCCCAAUCUUUCCUUCAUUUUCUCUCUCAUAUUGGUUUCAUGAUUCACACUGCUGCUGGGUUUCAUAUCCAUUUUUGUUGUUGGCAUCGGGUUUUGCAGGACAGCCAGCGGCUGAUGGAUAUGCUGACUUACCAGAGGGUUGAAGAUGUAGUGAAGAUGAGAGUGGAGAUGAAAACCAAAGCCUACGGGCAAGAGGUAGUGGUGAAUGGGAUGGAAGACGAUGAUGCCGGUCCGGUCUACAAAAUAAAACCGAGCUUGGUUGCAGAUCUGUAUGGGGACUGGAUCAUGCCAUUAACAAAGGAGGUUCAAGUGGCCUACUUGCUUAGAAGGUUGGACUGAAGAGAGCCUGUGCUUAUAUAAAUAAAGGGGAUUGUUGAUAAUGGUGAUAAUGGCCAUGGGUAUGUUUUGUGUAACUCUAGACUCUGUUUUGAUAUGAUAUGUAUAAAUUGCAACA